AUCGACAUUUGUUGCAGUCUUCGUGAAAUUAAACGUGCAAUUGUAUCUGAGACACAAGAAAGUAAACAAAUCUAUACUUGUCGAUAAUUCGCUGUCAACGUUAUUGAAUAAUUCAUCCUUGUUUCAGUUUUCCAGUAUAAUUCAGGUUAGUUUUGAAGAAAACAGAUAUGGAAAAUUCAAGUUAUUUGCAUGGGGCCAUGUCCAAUGAGACCCUGAGAGCAUGGCAGUCCAUAAACUGUGAUAUCUCACCCAAGAACUUGAUGUACCCCAUAUUUUUGGUUGAAAAUGAUGAUGAUAUGCAACCUAUCAAAAGUAUGCCCGGAGUGGCCAGGUAUGGCAUCAACAAACUGAAGCCACAUUUGGAAGAGCUUGUCCAGAAGGGAUUGUCAUCAGUGAUUUUAUUUGGUGUUAUUGAGAAACUCAACAAAGAUGAUGUUGGUGUUCAUGCUGACAGCAAGGAGAAUCCUGUCGUAAGGGCUCUGCCAAAACUGCUUACUUGGUUUCCCAACCUGACAAUUGCCUGUGAUGUUUGCUUGUGUCCAUACACUUCUCAUGGUCACUGUGGCAUCUUGCAUGAGGAUGGCAGAAUCAAUCACAAGGAGUCCAUCAAGAGGAUUGCUGAGAUUGCAGUGGAAUACGCGAAGCAUGGGGCGCACAUCGUGGCUCCUUCCGACAUGAUGGAUGGAAGGAUCAAAGCCAUAAAGGAUCUGCUCAUUAAGCAGGACCUGGUGAAUAAGGUAGCAGUCCUUUCGUACUCCGUAAAGCUGGCUUCCAGCUUCUACGGACCAUUCAGAGAUGCUGCGUUGUCGAAGCCGGCGUUUGGGGAUCGACAAUGCUAUCAACUUCCUUCUGGAUCGACGGGACUUGCUCUUAGAGCUGCGGCGAGAGAUGUGGCCGAAGGAGCUGAUAUGUUGAUGGUCAAACCGGCGAUGGCCUACUUGGAUCUUGUCAGGAAAACUAAAGAUGCUCAUCCUCAUCAUCCCAUGUUUGUCUACCAAGUUUCAGGAGAAUAUGCUAUGAUCUACCAUGGGGCACGUGAAGGUGCUUUCGAUUUGCAGAAGAUUCUCAACGAAAUUUUACUCUCCAUGCGAAGAGCAGGUUAAUUGUUGUCUUUGUUCUUGGGGGCUGUUUGCCUCUUGGCCACAGCUUUGGCUAAGGAUGAUAGCAAAAAGGAUGAAGUUGGAACUGUGAUUGGUAUUGAUUUGGGAACCACCUAUUCAUGUGUGGGCGUAUAUAAGAAUGGACGUGUGGAGAUCAUCGCCAACGAUCAAGGAAACCGUAUCACCCCAUCUUACGUGGCUUUCACUGCCGAAGGAGAACGUCUUAUCGGUGAUGCCGCUAAGAAUCAAUUGACCACCAAUCCCGAGAAUACUGUAUUCGAUGCUAAACGUUUGAUCGGUCGUGAAUGGUCAGACAGCAACGUCCAACAUGAUCUCAAAUUCUUCCCCUUCAAAGUCAUCGAGAAGAACUCCAAACCGCAUAUCAGCGUGGCCACCGGACAGGGCGAUAAGGUCUUUGCCCCCGAGGAAAUCUCCGCUAUGGUUUUGGGCAAGAUGAAGGAAACCGCUGAAGCCUAUUUGGGCAAGAAGGUCACUCACGCCGUCGUCACUGUACCCGCUUACUUCAACGAUGCUCAACGUCAAGCCACCAAGGAUGCUGGUGUCAUCGCCGGUUUGAACGUGAUGAGGAUCAUCAACGAACCCACCGCCGCUGCUAUUGCUUACGGCUUGGACAAGAAGGACGGCGAAAAGAACGUUUUGGUAUUCGAUUUGGGCGGCGGUACCUUCGAUGUGUCCCUCCUCACCAUCGACAAUGGAGUCUUCGAAGUAGUAGCCACCAACGGAGACACCCAUUUGGGAGGUGAAGAUUUCGAUCAGCGCGUCAUGGAUCAUUUCAUCAAAUUGUACAAGAAGAAGAAGGGCAAGGACAUCCGCAAAGACAACCGUGCCGUCCAGAAGUUGAGGCGUGAGGUCGAGAAGGCCAAGCGUGCCCUUUCUGCUUCUCACCAGGUCAGGAUCGAAAUUGAAUCCUUCUUUGAUGGUGACGACUUCUCCGAAACUCUCACCCGUGCCAAGUUCGAGGAAUUGAACAUGGAUCUCUUCCGUUCCACCAUGAAGCCUGUCCAGAAGGUACUUGAAGAUGCUGACAUGAACAAGAAGGAUGUCGAUGAGAUCGUCCUCGUCGGAGGAUCCACCCGUAUCCCGAAGGUCCAACAAUUGGUCAAGGAAUACUUCAAUGGAAAGGAACCAUCCAGGGGUAUCAACCCUGAUGAAGCCGUUGCCUACGGAGCCGCCGUCCAAGCUGGAGUGCUCUCCGGUGAACAAGACACUGACGCCAUCGUUCUUCUCGACGUCAACCCAUUGACCAUGGGUAUCGAAACUGUUGGAGGAGUCAUGACCAAGCUGAUCCCACGUAACACCGUCAUCCCCACCAAGAAAUCUCAAAUCUUCUCCACCGCCUCCGACAACCAGCACACCGUCACCAUCCAAGUGUACGAAGGUGAACGUCCGAUGACCAAGGACAACCAUCUUCUCGGCAAAUUCGACUUGACCGGAAUCCCACCAGCGCCAAGAGGCAUCCCUCAAAUUGAAGUCACCUUCGAGAUCGACGCCAACGGUAUUCUCCAAGUAUCCGCUGAAGACAAGGUAGCCGGAAUCCGCGAAAAGAUCGUCAUCACCAACGACCAAAACAGGUUGACCCCUGAAGACAUCGAAAGGAUGAUCAAGGAUGCCGAGAAGUUCGCCGACGAUGACAAGAAGCUGAAGGAGCGCGUUGAGGCCAGGAACGAAUUGGAAAGCUACGCCUACUCACUCAAAAACCAGCUCCAAGACAAGGAAAAGUUGGGAUCAAAGUUGUCCGAUGACGAGAAGACCAAAAUGGAAGAAGCCAUCGACGAGAAGAUCAAGUGGCUAGAAGAUAACCAAGAUACCGAAUCUGAGGAGUACAAGAAGCAAAAGAAGGAGUUGGAGGAAGUCGUCCAACCGAUCAUCGCUAAACUGUACCAGGGUCAAGGUCCACCACCGCCAACUCAGGAAAGCGACGAUGAUGACAUCAAGGAUGAGCUGUGAGAGGUGCAAGACUGAGAAGUAAACUAAAUUAAAAAAAACCUCUAGCACAAUCUUUGAAACAACAAAACAGUGAAGUUCAGUAAUUAAUUAAUUAUGUUUCAUUUCAAUUGCGUAAAUGAAUGGACGAACGUGUGAUUAUUUUUUUUUUUCAAUCGUUACGAGUACUUUGAUAAAGAUUCUUUUUAACUUGAAUCGUCCCUCUUAAUUAAAUUGCGUUACUCGUACCAGUUACGCCGUACUGAUUUAGUUUAUAUAAUGUGGGAUCUACAAUGAUUUGAUUUCAGUUUUAUACUUGUGUAAAAUUUAAUAUAUAUCUACUCUGGUGGUAUUUAUUUAUA